AUGCAGACAGAGUGGGGGCAGCUGCUGUCUCUUUCUUGGCUUUGGAGGAGAACAGCUGGAGCUGCUGCUUGGGGAAGGGAAUUGACUUCUUCUUCCUCUGCUUUCCUGACCACCUCUCCUGGUCCCUGCUCUGGUCUCCCUGCUCCAGUCCUGUUUCGGUCUCGCCUCACCCCAGCCAUCGUGUACAAGAAGCAGCAGCCGUUCCUGGGCAUGCCCAUGCCCCUGGGCUACGUGCCAGGGCUGGGCCAUGGAGCCACAGGUUUCACCACCCGCUCUGAUAUCGGCCCUGCCCACAAUGCCAAUGACUCCAUGGACAACUGGCACACCCCGCUGGGCAAGAGAGCUGUGGGUGACCAGAUGAAGAAGAACCAGACAGCAGAUGGUGAUGAUGGGGAUUUGAAUGACACCAACUACGAUGAGUUCAAUGGCUACGCUGGGAGCCUGUUCUCAAGUGGCCCUUAUGAAAAAGAUGAUGUAGAAGCAGAUGCCAUUUAUGCAGCUUUGGGUGAGAGGAUGGAUGAAUGCAGGAAAGAAAGGAGAGAACAACAAGAAAAGGAGGAAAUAGAAAAGUACCGUAGGGAACGACCCAAAAUUCAACAGCAGUUCUCAGAUUUGAAACGGAAAUUAGCGGAGGUUACUGAGGAGGAGUGGGUGAGUAUUCCUGAGGUUGGGGAUGCCAGGCACAAGCAGCAGAGGAAUCCUCGUUAUAAGAAGCUGACUCCUGUCCCCGACAACUUCUUUGCAAAGCAUUUACAGUCAGGGGAGAAUCACACUUCUGUGGACCCACACCAGACACAAUUUGGUGGACUGAAUACUCCAUAUCCAGGGGAUUUGAAUAUUCCACACCCAGGAGGAAUGACACCAGGCUUGAUGACACCUGGGACAGGUGAAUUGGAAAUGAGGAAGAUUGGUCAAGCCAGGAACACCUUGAUGGCUAUGAGGCUAAGCCAGGUGUCAGACUCUGUGAGUGGCCAGACUGUCGUGGACCCAAAAGGAUAUUUGACAGACUUGAAUUCCAUGAUUCCUACACACAGAGGAGAUAUCAGUGAUACCAAAAAAGCCCGUUUGCUCCUGAAAUCUGUCCGAGAGACCAAUCCUCAUCAUCCACCAGCCUGGAUAGCAUCAGCCCAACUGGAGGAGGUCACUGGCAAACUCCAGGUGGCUCGAAACCUCAUCAUGAAAGGAACAGAGAUGUGCCCCAAGAGUGAAGAUAUUUGGUUGGAAGCUGCUCAGCUUCAGACUGGAGAUGCAGCCAAGGCUGUUGUGGCCCAGGCUGUGCAGCACCUGCCACAGUCUGUGCGGAUCUAUAUCAGAGCAGCAGAGCUGGAGACAGACAUUCGUGUCCUUAGGAAAGCCCUUGAGCACGUUCCAAACUCAGUGCGUUUGUGGAAAGCAGCUGUGGAGCUGGAGGAACCUGAGGAGGCCAGGAUCAUGCUGAGCCGGGCUGUGGAGUGCUGUCCAACCAGUGCUGAAUUCUGGCUGGCACUGGCAAGGCUGGAGACUGAGAAUGCUCAGAAAGUCCUGAACAAAGCCCGGAAGAAUAUCCCGAUGGAUCGUCACAUCUGGAUUACUGCUGCCAAACUGGAGGAAGCCAAUGGAAAUGCCCAGAUGGUGGAGAAAAUCAUCGAGAGAGCCAUCACAUCUCUUAGGGCUAACGGUGUGGAAAUUAACAGGGAGCAGUGGAUACAGGAUGCCGAGGAAUGUGGUAAAGCUGGAAGUGUAGCCACAUGCCAGGCAAUCAUAAGAGCUGUGAUGGGGAUUGGGAUUGAGGAAGAAGAUUGGAAACACACCUGGAUGGAAGAUGCAGACAGUUGUGUUGUUCAUAAUGCCCUGGAGUGUGCCCGAGCCAUUUAUGCCUGUGCCUUGCAAAUCUUCCUGAGCAAGAAGAGUGUGUGGCUGCGAGCAGCCUGCUUUGAAAAGAACCAUGGAACCAGAGAAUCCUUGGAGGCUCUUUUGCAGAGAGCUGUUGCUUACUGUCCCAAAGCAGAGGUGCUAUGGCUCAUGGGAGCCAAAUCUAAGUGGCUGGCAGGAGAUGUGCCAGCAGCCAGAAGCAUCUUGGCCCUGGCUUUCCAGGCCAACCCCAACAGCGAGGAGAUCUGGCUGGCUGCCGUGAAGCUCGAGUCGAAGAACAAUGAGCAUGAAAAAGCAAGGAGUCUGCUGGCAAAGGCUCACAGUUGUGCCCCCACAGCAAGGGUCUUCAUGAAGUCUGUGAAGUUGGAAUGGCUGCUUGGGAACAUUGCUGCAGCCCAGGAGCUCUGUGAGGAAGCCCUGAAGCACUGUGAGGACUUCCCCAAACUGUGGAUGAUGAAAGGACAAAUGGAAGAACAAAAAGAGCUUGUAGAGAAAGCACGGGAGGCUUAUAAUCAAGGGUUGAAGAAAUGCCCCCAUUCCAUACUCCUGUGGCUUUUGUUGUCCAGGCUGGAGGAGAAAGUUGGGCAGCUGACUAGAGCAAGAGCCAUCUUAGAAAAGUCUCGCCUGAAGAAUCCAAAGAAUCCAGAUCUCUGGUUGGAGUACCGAGCUGGGCUGAAGAACAUUGCUAACACUCUGAUGGCCAAAGCACUGCAAGAAUGCCCCAAUUCAGGAAUCCUGUGGUCAGAAGCAAUUUUCCUUGAAGCGUGACCACAACGAAAGACCAAGAGUGUGGAUGCUCUCAGGAAGUGUGAACAUGACCCACACGUCUUGCUGGCUGUGGCCAAGCUGUCCUGGAGUGAGCGUAAAAUAAACAAGGCCAGAGAGUGGUUCCACCGCACACUGAAGAUAGACUCUGACCUGGGGGACGCCUGGGCUUUGUUUUACAAAUUUGAGCUCCAGCAUGGCACAGAGGAACAACAGGAAGAGGUAAGGAAGCGCUGCAAGAAUGCUGAACCUCGCCAUGGAGAGCUCUGGUGUGAUGUCUCCAAGGACAUAGAGAAUUGGCAGAAAAAGACUGGAGAGAUUCUCAUGCUGGUGGCAGCCAAGCUGAAAAAUAUCUUCUAGAGUGUGCUGGCCUCAGGAUUUAACCUGUAGGAUUUAACCUGUUUGUGGUGCAUUUGCCCUUUCAGUGGCACAGAUUUCAGUGUUGGGUUGGUUAGGUUAGGUUUCUUUUGUUUUGUUCCUUUUCCCCUAUAGAUUUUUUUCCCCCAUAAGUUGCUAGGAAGCACUAAAGACUGGGUACUUCAGAAAAAUGAAAGAAGUGGCCAAGCUCAGGAAAGGAGAGUAUCUGGCUGCACUUCUCCUGUCUGGGAGUUUCUCUCUCCGAGGGGCAGAGAUACCACAAGAGUCGGGCAGGUAAAGGAUGGGACUGGAGCAGCUGUAGAUCUCUCAAUCUCAGCUUUGGAGGACUAUGGUUGGAGCUGCUGCUUGGGGAAGAGAAUUGGCUGCUGCUGCCAAAGCCCAGCCCAGAGCUGCUGUUUCUGCCAUGGGGUGAACCUCUGCUCCUGAGAACAGCCACUGACCUGGACCUUAUUAACACCCACCUCACUGAAAGAGGGGCCUAUCCCCAUCUGCUUGGGUGCCUGGGAUCCUGAGCCCCCCGCUCCCUGCCCUGCUGGGAGCUGUCCUGCACCCGCUGUUUCUUUGGCACUGCUCUGAGCUUUCGCUGCACUGCAGCCCUGCACCCCCUGCCUGCGAGACCUCCCACGAUUCCAGCCACAGCUCCGGAGCUUCUGAUACAUCUCGUCUAACACCCCGGAUUGUUGCUCAUUCCUGCUGCCCAGCUUGCUGUUUCUGAGUGUCCUGCUGGAGCACCGGGACCGACACUGCCCCAGGGUUGGUGAGCAAAGCCUCUCUCCUCCCUCCUUUCCCAUCUGGGACACAGCUGCCAUCACCCCAGCUGCCCUGCAGCCACAGGGGAAUCAU